CUCGCACUAUUAGCUUUUGCUUGUCGAGUUCAAUCUCAUGGUGCGAUUCUCGCGGCUGUAGGCACAGGUGGCCCAGCCAGCCAAGGUUUCCUCGUUGAUCAAACUCUCGCACGAAACUGUACUACAAUAAGUCCCUGCCAGCAGGAUUCAACCAUCAUACGUGACUCCGAAAUCACACAGAAUAUCGUCAACUCAUGCGGUCGCACUGAGAUAGCCGGAAAUAUCGACGUUGGCGAGCAGACUGAAAAUGAAUUGGCUGCCAAUCGUGUUACACAGGUCACCAAAGGAAGCACUCUUGCCGUCACUAUUCAUCAGGUCAAUGCCGAUGGUGCUGGCCCAUACGAGUGUGAUCUCGAUCAAACCAGUAACGCCGCGACAAAUUUUGUGAAGCUUAAAGUUGCGAAUAACGUCCCAGGAGCCAAUGGCUUAUCACAAGCCAAGGAGCAGGACUUUACGAUCAAUGUCCAGAUGCCGGCAAACUUCAAUUGCAUCGGAGCUUCUACUGGAGACAUUUGCACUGUCCGCUGUCGGAACAAUGCCGUCGCAGGACCCUUCGGGGGCUGCUUCGCCGUCCAACAAACCGACGGCACCGGCCGUACGGACACUUCUGCUGCAGCCGUUGACACAGCCCAAACCCUCUCCGGAAUCAACGCACAGAUCGCGCAGAACCAGCAAGAUCUCCCCGCCGCCAUCGCCGCGAACCAGGCUGCUGGUGCGGUUGGUGGGAAUGAGGGUGCGUUCGCCAUUUCCGCUUUGCUUCCGGCUACGACUGCGGCCAGCGCCCCCGCCGCUGUCGCAACAGGCAAAACACGCAAAGGGAAAGGAAAUGGAAACGCUGGUAACGCUGGAAAUGCUGGCAAUGCUGCGAACGCCGGCAAUGCUGCGAACGCUGGGAAUGCCGCAAACGCUGGGAAUGCCGCAAACGCUGGGAAUGCCGCAAACGCUGGGAAUGCCGCAAACGCUGGGAAUGCCGCAAGCGCUGGGAAUGCCGCAAACGCUGGGAAUGCCGCAAGCGCUGGGAAUGCCGCAAAUGCUGGUAAUGCUGCGAAUGCUGGGAAUACUGGC